AAGAAGACGCCGCCAUUAUCGGAGUCUUUUGUGUUUCGCUCCAAACUUGUAGAAAUAAUUAUAUGUAAAUGUUCUGGUUGAUCUUUGAUAACAUAUAAACAGAUGUGUUAUGGAUCGGAUUAAUGAGUGAUCACAGUCGAUUUAAAGUCGCUCUGUUGGGGUUUAUUCGGGUUUUGUGUCAGUCGGGUGCAGGUGGGUGCGGUUCAGAAAAACAUUCACUCGACAGAAGAGAUUCAGACCUUUAAUUGCGAUUAAAUGUCUUUUAUCAAGUCCAAACUUCAAACUGCAAUUAACAACAAUAUGAAGAACACGUUCAAAACCCUUCUGUUCAUAUCACUCUUGUGCGGUGUCUCGGGUGCAGAUGAAAUGAAGUCAGUGAUGGAGGGAGAUUCUGUCACUCUACAGACUGAUGAGAAUAAAAUACUGAAAUAUAAUAAGAUAAUGUGGUGGUUUAAAAGUGAUGCCAUAGCUCGAAUCUCUGAUGAAGGUGAGAUCAAGUUUAUCAAGGAUGUUCCUGAUGGGAGAUUCAAAGGAAGACUAAAGCUGGAUAAUCAGACUGGAUCUUUGACCAUCACAAACACCAGAACCAUCCACUCUGGAGAUUAUAAAAUACAGAUCGACACCAACACUGGGACAACAGAGAAGACAAUCACUCUUACAGUCAAUGAUUCCUCACCUGUGAUUGAUCCUGAUACAACUGAAGUGAAGUCUGAGUCAGUGACGGAGGGAGACUCUGUUACUCUAAACACUGAUAUUAUUAAUCCACAUGGAGAUGAGCUGAUCGUGUGGAGGUUUGGAGAUAUUCUCAUUGCUAAAGUUGAUAAAGAGAACAAUAAGAUCUCAUUAUAUCCUGAUGAGAGAUUCAAAGACAGAAUACAUCUGGAUCAGACGGGAUCUCUCAUCAUUAGAAACAUCAGAACCGCACACACUGGAGAAUAUAAACUAAAGAUCAGCAGCAACAACAGAGACACCAUAUACAAGAGAUUCAGUCUUUAUGUGAAGGAAUCCCCAUUUGAUAUUGAUCCCGAUAGAACUGAAGUGAAGUCUGUGUCAGUGAUUGUGGGAGAAUCUGUCUCUCUAAACACUGAUAUUAAACCACAUGGAGAUGAACUGAUCGUGUGGAGGUUUGGAGAUAUUCUCAUUGCUAAAGAUGAUAAAGAGAACAAUAAGAUAUCAUUCUCUCCUGAUGAGAGAUUCAAAGACAGAAUACAUCUGGAUCAGACGGGAUCUCUCAUCAUUACAGACAGCAGAACCGCACACACUGGAGAAUAUAAACUAAAGAUCAGCAGCAACAACAGAGAGCCCAUAUACAAGAGAUUCAUUCUUAUUGUGAGCGAGCCUCUGUCUGCAGGUGCUAUAGCAGGAAUAACUCUUGCUGUUCUUGGUGCUGUUCUGCUGCUCGUGGCUGCAGCUGCUGCUGGUGUGAUUUACUAUCGCAAGAUCUCUGAACUAGAAAGACUAAAUGAUCAAUAUAGUACAGUGUUCGUGAUGGAGGGAGAUCCUGUCCCUCUAAUCACUGAUGAUGCUCAUAUAAAGACCGAUAAAGUGAAUGUGUAUCAUAAAGACACUCUCAUAGUUGAAAUCAGAGGAGGGAAGAUCACACCUGUUAAAGAUGAUAUUCAGAGAGAGACUGAAGCUGAAUCAUCAGACUGGAUCUCUCAUCAUCAGUAACAGCAGACGCACAGACUCUGGAGUUUUUAAACUGAAGAUCAGCAUCUGCACUGGAGAGAUCACAUUUAAGACAAUAAUUGUUACUGUCGUUGGUGAAGAAGGGAUCUCAGAGACAGUACAGAAGGGAAAGUCUUUCCCUUUAUUAAUUGGUGUUCCUGAACUACAGAAAGAUGCUGAUGUAGAGCUGAAGUUUAAAAACACUGUCAUAGCUCACAAAAAACAAAAUGAUGAAACGAUCUCAUUGUGUCAGGAUGAUCAUGAUGAGGAUUUCAGAGGAAUACUGAAUCUGAUUCAACAGACUGGAUCUCUCAUCAUCACAGACAUCACAAAGGAUCACUCUGGAGUUUAUGAACUGAAGAUCACCAGCAGGAGAGUAACUGUACACCAAAUAUUCAAUGUUUCUGUCUCUGAACAACCUGCUGAUGGAGUGAAUAAGUUGGAUGUUUUUAAUAUCGAGGCUGAUGAUGGAGCAAAUGAGUCUGAUAGUUUGAUGAAUAAUGCCGCUGCUGAUGAAGUGAAUAAGAAACAGGUCACAAGUCCUGUUUAAGUUAAAGAGACUCUCAGCAUCACUGGUGUAAAUCACUGUUACAUCAUCAACAUUCAAAUUACAUCUACAUAAACAUAUUUCACAUUUUAAUGAAUCUCGAUAAACUCGUCCUGUAAAAUGAGAGAUCAACAUACGCUGUUAAACUCUGAAACUAAAGUGUAAAAAGUGUCUUUAUUUUCAAUUUGUUUUAGCCAUUCACACGUAUUAAUAAUCAAAUCCUGCUCAAUGAUAUACAGUUUUUAUCAUUUUAAUUGUAUACAUGUACAAUAACGUUUGACUCUCUUCUAUAUCAUGAGUGUAGACUGCACGCUUUAAAUAUCUAAUAUUAUAUAAUCCACAUAUACAACAUCAGUUUUCCUCAAAGUAUUGUGUUUUUAUUAAUCUGACACCACUAACAGGUUCAUGUUUAGUUUUAGGUCAGUGUAUUUUAACACUCAUGUCCAGUGACUUACACAUUGAGUUAUUAUGCUUUUAUUAAAGACAUUAUCAAACCGCAAGUUUAUAUUCUUUUAGUCUUUUUAUUUGACUUUGCGAUGUGCUUUAAUAGUUUUCUGCUAUAUUGAAUAAGUGCACUUGUUUAUUUUAUCUGGUAAUAUUGAGUGUUUUUGUGAAGUCUGAGAUUGUAAUCUGGAGUUUUCUGUUUUAAAUACGGUCUGAAUAUUUCUGCUCUAAACUGUGAUUAACUCUUUUACUUCUGUAUUAAAAGCUGUUCUGAUGUGAAAUACAUACAAGCUUUUAACUUCAGAUUCAGAUAAUCCUGCCAAAUAUGCAUGUGUGUUAAUCUGUAUUAUGACCAAAAAAAAUAAAAAAAGUCCAUCCAUUUUUUUACAGAACAAUUCAA